GCAGAGGCCUCGCCGGGAGCGCGGGGAGGAGCGAAGGGGCCUUGAGGGCUCCGCGAAACUGUGGGGCUGGCGGCCCGAGGCAGAGACGGUCGUGGCUCGCUGUCCAGAGACGGAGCGGUGUUCCCAGAACUGCCGGAGGAGACGGCUUAAAGGGCGGACAGACGGACGGCAAGGAGGGCCAGCAUGCCCCUACUGUUGCACCCCGCCUGGCCGCUGCUCCUGGGCGCCACUCUGACCUUCCGAGCACUCCGGCGCGUGCUCUGUCGCCUGCCCCUGCCUGCACACGUGCACACCGACCCCCUGCGCACCUGGCGUUGGCACAACCUACUUGUCUCCUUCACCCACUCCAUUGUAUCAGGGAUCUGGGCACUGCUGUGGUGAGUGAACAAUCAAGGGUAGUGAGGUGGCCGUGGGAUCUUUCGCGGGGUGCUCGGGCUGGUCUCCCUGUUGCUAUUCCCAUCACUCACGAGUGAACAGACGCCAAGGAGCUCACCUGAUUGCGUUUGGAAAACUACCCAACCAAGAGCGGCUGUGGGAAACCCGAGCAUAUGGCAAACCCCUGAAAUGCUGGUGGAGAUUGAGACGGCGUGGUCGCUUUCUGGCUACUUGCUUGUUUGCUUCUCUACAGGAUACUUCAUCCACGACACUGUAGACAUCAUUGUUAGCAGACAGACUGGAGCUUCUUGGGAAUACCUUGUCCAUCAUGUCAUGGCUUUGGGCGCCUUCUUCUCUGGCAUCUUUUGGAAAAGGUUCGUUGGUGGUGGCGUCUUAACACUACUGGUGGAGGUCAGCAACAUCUUCCUCACCUUAAGGAUGAUGAUGAAGAUAAACAACGCCCAGGAUCUCCUCCUCUACAGAGUCAACAAGUAUGUGAACUUGGUCAUGUACUUCCUCUUCCGCCUGGCCCCCCAGGCCUACCUCACCAAGCUCUUCCUCCAGUAUGCUGGCCAGAGGACCCUGGGGACCUUCUUGCUGGCCAUCCUGCUCAUGCUGGACUUGAUGAUCCUCAUCUACUUUUCUCGCCUCCUCCGCUCUGAUUUCUGCCCUGAACGAGCUCCCAGACGCCAGAAAGACAAAUUCUUGACUGAGUGAGAAACAACCCAGGAUAUGUGGCAGGGACAGCAAGCACAGCCAACAACUUUGCAACAUAAACCACGGCUCUGUCCGCCCCGAGCCUGGGUGUACUCUGGAGCCAGCCUUUCCACCUUUAGCCUACACCCACACUGUUGAAACACUAAUGAAAGCUCCCCUCUGAAGUCCUCUUCUUGGGCAAGGGGUGAGGGAAGCAGACCAACCGGUUAGGCACGGUAAUGGGCGAGGACAAGACACUGUUAAGAGCCAGCCAACCCACACCACCCUGAAAUGGAUGCUGACUACUCUAAAAUAACCCCUCUGCUCUUCCAGACUCUGGUAUUGGUUUCACAACUGCCUCUUCCAGGGAUAAAGGAAGGAAGUCUUGUAAAGCUUGUCCUCUGAACUUGUGAUGGAGGCAUGUCCCAGGACAACUAACACCUGCCUGAGUAAUAAACACCUGUCUUGAGCUCUAGCGCGGCACAGUAACAGUGGCAUCU